CUGAUAGUCAACAUUUUGGCCUUCUUUACAGAAAACCAAAACAAUGUGGAAAAAUAAUCCAAAGAUGGAUUGCCUGCAGGAAUCAGAAGGUAAACUGACUCUCCCUGCUCUGGCUGACGGUAUAAGUCUGUCAUACAACAAACCACGACCUCAGAAGGACCACUAUGUGAAGCUGAAUGAAAUCUUCUUUUCCCUGCAUAGCAAUAAUAUCGCCCGGGUUCCUUUGUCUGUUCGUGACACCAUGGGGCAUUUCACAUCCCGCCACAUGGAGAUCAGCCAUUGGCAGGCCCAUAUUUAUGAGUUAAUCCGGCGGAUAGAAAGAGAAAUCAUCUGUGUGGAGCAGGCGAAAGAGACGGCAGAGAACUGUCUCCAGGAGAGACAGCUGUACAGUCAGCUUUUGAGUGACUGCGUGGCUCUCAGCAGCAGCCUGUGCUCGGAGGGUAUGAGACAGGACCCAGUCUUCCUCAAGCUGAAGAAAGAGGAGCAGAUGACCAACGAGAGCAGAGAGGUGCUGCAGAAGCAGAUCUUCAUCCUACUCGACAAGCUAGGCGCUCUGAAGGCAGUCCGUUCUCGGCUGCUGCAUGAUUUUCAAGACAAGGUCGAAGCCAUCAAACUCACCACCAAAUGUAUCACCUUUGAGGUGGACACCCCAUGCUCUCACAUACCUGCUCCCUCAAUCAAACCAAACCAUGUGAGCUAUGAGACGUGGCUAUCUCACUGCCAAAACCUGAAGCUGACAGCUGAAAACCUGCUGAAGGACUCGUCCGCUUGCAGGGCAAACCUGAUGUUCCUCCUGGCCAAUCUGAAAGAUGCCUACGAGCGCCAACGCAACAGCACUGCAGAAGCAAUCAGGAGGAAGAUCCAGGAGCUGACCAAGCUCCAGGAUUCACUGAACUUAGAGAAACAGAAGAUCCUGCAAGAGAUUUCUGAUCUGAACAAAGACAUUCAGAGACUGCUCCAACAUAUUCAGAACUGUGAGUCCAGGCUGCACCAGAUCACCCACCUUCUGGAAAUCCUCAACCAGAGACCCCGAUUUGAGCUUUGCCUGGACAAUCCCCAUAACGCUCUCGUUCUGGAGAGACAGGACCUGGCAAAGAUGCUUGCUGGUCUUCAGUCGGUGCUGCAGCUCACCCAGCAGAACCUGGCCGUGGCACAGAAACAUCUGAUCUUUGUGGAGGAGAAACUGUUGAAAAAUGCUCAAACGCUUGACGUGGCGCGGAAGUGCCAGGCCCUCCACCAGAGCUUCCGGCUGGCUGUCGACACAUCUGUGGUUCUGGGUAACAAACCCAGGCUUUGUAGAAUCACUCAGAGCUCCAGCCCUCACCCCGACAUGCAGUAGACGCAGCUGCUGCUGCCACCUAUAGUCUUA